AAUAUGUAGAAUGUCUGCAGAUAAGAACGUCAAAUGUCAGUUAACUUUUAAACCAUGUAAACAACAUAAGAAGAUGUGGCAAAUAUUAUGUAUGUUAACAUGUAUAAUGAAGCUUUGUGUUUGUGGAGGAAAUGUGAGAGAUAUAACAGAUUGUUCUAACGGUGCAUUCCUCUUAGAAGGUUCAUGUUUCAAAUACAUCGCAACUAACAAUUCUUGGUCUGACGCCAACAAGUUUUGUCAUGAUAUGAAUGGAGGCCAUCUGGCAAUUGUAGACUCGGCUUCAAUAUUCGACAAAAUAAAAUCAAUGGCAAUCCAGCGGAAUACAAAAUAUAUGUGGCUAGGAGCUAAUGACAAUGAUCACAAUGGUGUUUAUCAAUGGGUGAACGGACAUCGUUGCUGUCCAAACUUCUGGAUUCCCGGGCAACCUGACAAUGGCGGAGGAAAUCAAAGAUGCCUUGCACUGUGGCAAAAUGAAAAGGAUUUGAUAGGUUUUGAUGACGGGACCUGUGAAACCAAAGUUCGAUUUGUCUGUCAGUCAAAGGGUUACCAAAGCAUUCAGCAUUGCAUAUCACAUACAUGUUUAAAUGAUGUGCCUACAUGCAAUGCAUGUGAAAAUGGGUUUGCACCAGUUGGUUAUCCAUCUCACUGUUUCGAUUUGACGUCAUCAACCCAUCUUAAAUGUUUCGUUUCUUGUCUGGCGGUAUUUACAACACGAUUGUCUUGGAACGAUGCAAAAAACGUAUGUAAAUCUAGGGGUGGACAAAUAUACGUCCCUGAAAAUUCUGACGAAGAUCGACUAAGAAAUUAUCUUGAAGCAGUUCUUGGAACUGUUGACAACUUCUGGGUCGGUGGUCAGUUGCUUCAAACGUUGAAGCAGCAAUGGUUGAGUGAUUUACCUCCAACUCAUGCGAGGUGGAGCAGUUAACCAACAAGUUUAAAUGAAGACAAAUGUAUUGCAAUGGAAAAGAAUGAGAACUACCGUUUAGGAACAUUCUCUUGUGACGGGUUGUUUCCCUUUAUCUGUCAAGAAAAGUCGUUGUAUGUUCCCAGCCCGAUCGGUUGAUAAAAAUCCGGAAUUUGCAAUAUUUAUAUAUAAACUAAAUGAGGUAAAUAAAUUAUUUAAAGAUGAAA